AUGGAGCAUCAUCAAGCUCACCUCCACUAUGUUGAUGGUUCUAUGCCAAUUGAGGCUAUAGAGUAUAUUCAGGAUCACUUGGAGUUCAAGCCACACGAUGUAUUCAAGGCUCUACGUUCAGAUUAUAGCACUCUUGCCAGCAGUCAGAUAUACUCGGCAUGGCUUCAGCUCAGCAAAGUGUUAUGGCGAAGAGAAAACGACCAGAUGAUGUCAGCAAAAAGACUCCUUGAAGAGCUUCAAGAUGCAAGAGAAGUGGACGUUUUUACCACAGUUUCUGUUGAGGGUAUUGAGCAGCUUGCUUGGGGAAUGAAGAAGAUUGUCAAACAACUUACGGGAUACUCUAUAGUGGAGAUCGGGAUCGAUGUGACAUUUAAUACAAAUUCAAAAGGGUUGGAACUGUAUGGUGUACUUGGAGAGUACGACGGAGGUGGUUAUCCACUUGCAUACUGUCUUCUCUCAACAGCACAAUCAACAGUGGUGAAGAAAAGAAUACAUGCCUUGGAACACUUUGCGCUUCAGCUUCAUGACAAAUAUGGCGUCAGUAUCGGAGCUGUGCACUUGUUUCGCUUAUAG